AUGAACCAGGAUAUGAAGCCCGAGUUUCUGUUUCUCACUGAUCUCCCCUAUGUACUGACAAUUGUCUUGCAGCUCCAAUAUAUUGUUGAACUCAGUGGUCAACAAUUGCUUCCUGUCAAUAUCCCUCUUGACAAUAACACUCCUACUAUCUCAGAGCAUUUACAACUCCUGAGGGACAGAGCUCACACAUGGUUCAAGUUGAACACUCAACCUGUCGAACACGUCGAUGUCUCAAACAAGUACAUCAUGAAAAUUACAGCCAUAUCAAAUGGGCAUUUCUGCCUCAUGGAUGACCCGACCCUGCAUCAUGACUAUCUACGGGGUCAGACCAUCUCCGAGAUCUUUCCAAUAUUACAAGAGCCCUCACAGCAAGUGUUUGAUCGUGUAUGGCAUUCAGACACACUGUCCUCAGUUCCCAAUGCACACCUAAAUGAUAUUCUCAUGGACCCGACACAAAACCUGCUCACUGCCACAUACCACGUUCUUGAUGGGCCGGAUGUCUAUAUUGACCUUUUACCUUUGGAUAGAAAUGGUGCUCACCCCCAAGCUGCUGGACCUACACUGUUUAUCUCACCAGAGCUGUGUGAACCCCAGAAUGUUAUCCCAAAAGCUGAGGGUUGGAGGGUUUGCAGUCUGGGGAGGCUUAUGGCUCUCUCGCACUCCCUGAGACUCAACGAUCCAGACAGGAUCCUGUGGUCAUUGCAGAUUUGGGACUGGCAACACUCGACAAUGUCAAAUAGUGUCCUCAGCAGUGCUGUGUCUGGAAGCCAAAUCUCAUAUGGUUAUUGUUUCCUCAGAACCAGUAGAUUGCUUAUGAUUGCCAACAUCAAUUUGAAGGUCUAUUCCAUUGAAGAUAUGUCCCAGGUGCCACAAUUGCUCGCGUGCUUCUUGUUGCCUGCAGCUGUACGUGGUACACAUUUCGUCUCUGACAACUCAAAGGACAAUGGUGCACAAAGUAGGCCGGAGCCAGGGAUGCCACAAAAAAUGUGGAAAUCAGAUCCAACCCAUCGAAUCAUAUCCCUCAACAUGUCACCUUACCUCCAUUUUGUCAUUUCUAGCAGGAUUUUCUUCGACCCCGACUUCAUUAAUGGGGGGUCGACGGCCAUACCUUGGGAACAUUGGGGCCCUUUGAAUACUCGUAUUUUCCAGCACUGUGAGGACAUUGUUGAUUCUGUUACUGGGAGUCGAGUCUUGAAGGUGAAACGUGCAUUAUCCUACCAUAAUGAUCCCUUGGAGUACAGUUUGCGUGUGAUGGACUUCAGCCCGUUAGCUAUCAAGUAUGGGCAGGGCCUAGGACGGUUGGUGAGAGAGCCAUCUACGAUAGAUUUGGAUGGACGGUCGUUAACGACAUCCCUGCCUUAUGUGGAGGUCGUGUCGAGCAAGAUAUCCAGUUCUCUCUAUGAGCUGCUGUUGUCGUCGAUUGAUGAAAACAGGAUCUAUGCAUUUCAUGUCGAGGAUUGCUUUGUCAAGGUCAUUAAGCUUUGGGAAGGGGUUUGAAGUGUGCUCUAUUCAGGGCAAUACAUGAGUUCUAUAUGUAGCAGGAGUAAACUGUUGAUGUCGAGGAUGCAAUUGAACAGAAGUAGGUAGAACGAAGUAGACGAAUCCAAGUGGCCCAGUGUGAAUGAGAAGCUGUAUGUCGAGUGCUCAGAAGACGCGUGAAGCACUUGGCGAGGAUCGCGAAACAUCGUAUACCUGGAGCCUGUUCGGUGCAGGGUAGGGCGAGGGGACUGCCAGUCGCAACCAGCGCACUGGUGCUUGGAGCCUGAAAGGUGACUCCUGCGAUAUUGAACGUCUUUGCUGGUAGCACGCUACUGCAUGAGGCACCAGCGGCAUUCGAGACCCCUACGGUAAAAGUAUGGGCUUGGUGGCGAUGAGGACGUGGUAGCCGUGCCAAAUGCCCUUUUCCGCUGAUGGCAUCAGCGUGACAAUAUCAU